AUGUCUGACGGACUUCGCAAGGACUUCUCUACCCAAGCUUCCGAGAAGAUCACUCCGGAUUCUUCCAAGACCACCACCGACAAGAUCGGCGAGAACAUCACCGGUGCUGCUGAUAAGGCUGCCGCUGCUGUUCAGCCAAGCGGCGAGAAGUCGACCACCCAAAAAGCUGGUGACACCGUUCGCGGCGAGGGUGACAACGCCCAAAAGGAGGGUGGGAGCAUUGUCGACAAGGUCACCGGCACUGUCACUGACACCAUCAACUCCCUCACAGGCAAGACUGAUGAGGCCGCCAAGAAGAACGACUUGAAGUAG